CCCACACCCCAUCAUGUUGGUUGGUACCCCCCACCUGCUGACCCUGGAUGAAGCUGAUGCCACCUGGACCCUCAUCAAGGAUAAAGUUAUCGAGGAGCGCUUUGGGCCCAAUGUAGUGGCGGUACCUUUCCUGUCGGAUGCAGCCUGCUAUGACCUACUGGGUGUGCUAGUGAAGCAGUCCCGCCCAGCCCACAUCCGCCUGGCUUUACCAGGUUGGCAGGGUCGGCGGGCACUACAACCAGUGGGGCCACUACCAAACCUCCUGGAGCAGGCAGGGUCUGAGGGUGCCUUUGCCCACUGCACUCGGGAAUACUCACCAAACGGCCGAGCAGAGAUACCCUAUGAAGAAAUGCGACUGUUGGAUGGGCAGCCCUGCCGGAUCCGCCUGCACAUGGGUGGCCUGCGCAAGAAGGUGGCCUUCCUGCUACUGCCGCCAGGGCAGGUGAGCCUACAGCAAAACCUUCCCUGGCUCCGAAGUACGCACAGCAUCUAUGUCAUCUACCAGGUCUUCUCCUGUUCCUGGCUACAGCUGGAGCUGUUGCCUACAGCCCGUGAGCCCCAGCUGCUCCGGUUACAACGGUCACUGCCUGUUGCCUUCUCCUGCCUCAAGUUUUCACUGCACCCCAAAGGAGUGCUGGGACCACAGAAGCCUCUGACCAAAGAUCCAUUGCCCCACGGUGCCAACUGGGUCAGACCCAACCUCGGCAUCAUGCCACCUCUGGCCCCCACAUCAGUCGCUGCCGAUACCCCUGAAGCUACUGAUGUACCCCCGCCUGUCCCAGCCCCACCUACACCACCUCCUCAGGAAGGGCCAGAGGGCAGGCCCACCAGAUUCUCCUACAGGGGCCGAAACCCCUUCCGCAGGGGGCCCCAGAUGUUGUCAGAGAACUGGCUCUUCAGUCCCCGCAGCCCCCCACCAGGAGUCCAGGGUGGGGGCCCCGGGGACCCCGACCGGCACUCCAUGUCCCUGCCCCUGCUGCAGGGUCUGUCCUCAGAGUUCGACAGCGACGAAUGAAGCUGAAGCGAGAGAUGCAGGGGGCGAGGCCCCCAAUAUCUGGCAUAGGGAUACUGGUCCCCAAUAAACAUCAGCUGCUGCUCCCCAAAACCA